AAAUGGGAAGAGAAUGGUACAAUGGAGGCAUAUCCAUUUGCUCCUCUGAAAGCAAGAGCAAUUCCAGUGAAGCUAACGGCUGCAUCACUGCUCUUUCCCACUUUUUUCAUUUCCACCAUUUUUACUUUCCUUCGCGUCACCAUCACCACCAACCUAGUGUUGACUCUCCCUCAAGAAAUCUUAAAGGCUUGGUUGCUCCGCGAAACAGCUUGGAGUUAACAGAGGAGUCUCCGCUAUCAACAAACUACAAGGAAUCAGAAAGCUUGAACAUCCAUGUGGGCGGGAAAAAGCCAAAACUUAGAGCUAUUCUCGUCGAUACAUCCUCUGAUAUCUGCAACUCACCUCGCACCAAUACACCAAACGUGGUGGCUAGACUCAUGGGUCUUGAUCUUCUUCCCGAUAACUUAGACCUCAAGAGAUCAUCAAGGAUCAGUGUAAGAAGACAGAGCCUCUCCGGGGAUGGCUCAGGGACAAGAUCUUUACCUGAGAGCCCCAGGGUUUCCUCUGCUCGGAAAUCUGAUUCAGACAUUCGUCGCCUAUCCCUGCAGCUAAACAGAGAGAAUAAGCAUGAAGAGUUUGGGUCUUUGAGGCUUAAAGAGUUGAAACAAGAUGAGGAAAGUCGAAGUCCUACACAUAACGGAAGGCAGAUAGUGAGACAAAUAAAAGAGAGGGCCGUCACUAGAAGACUUGGCAUGGAUAUAACAAACUUGCUUGAGAAGAGAAGAGCAGGAGGAGGAGCACAAAACCCGAUACAGCAUAAGGAAGCGAGAAGCAGGUCUUCACAGAAAGAGAACACAUUCAGCUCCAAUCCAAGAUUUGUGUUCAAACACGAUAAGAACUCGCAGAAACUAACAAAGGUGACUUCUUCAAAAUAUUCCAAGGAGAAGAACCUCAAAAGAGUGACUGAACAGCCGCAAAGACCUAUCAAUGGAUGGAAGAAAGCGGAUAGUAAAUCAAGUUUCUCACUUUAUUCAACACCCAUUAACCUAAACAAGCAGAGAAGAGCUUUCAUCUCUACAUCGACAAACUCGAGAUCUGAUCGCUCUGAUACUUUAGACAAGAAGAAAUGCAAGAAGAUCCAAAUUCCAAAUGACAUUCUCAACAUCUCAGUAGCAUCAUCAGCUGUCUUCUUCGCCAAAGAACGUCCUCGGAAACAGAUGAAAAGAGCUGAAGAACCGGAGCGGAAUGCAGAGGCGACGAUAUGCUCCGGUCAGAUGUACAAAUACGAGGAGAAGCUUCCUCAAGGACCACAAAGUUCUAAUUUUUACGAUUCGAGCACCAUUUCUUCCACAUUCGCUAAUGCAAGAGGCACCGAAAUCGAUUUCAAACAUCUUCCGGGGAUGACAAAAUUUGAAGAGGAAGAGGAAAGGGUCGUCGCAGAGAUUGAGCGGCAUAUCAUGGACGCACUCGUGCUGGAAACCGUCCAAAACGACAGCGUUUUGAGGGGU